UCCCCUUUAUUUACUUCCGAGUUUAGUAGCAGGAUGGCAAAAUGUUACUGUUGAAACAGCUGUCCUGUUUUGAAAGAAUGGCAAGAACAAUUCGAACAAGGCAUUGAAUCUGCUGGCAAGAUGAACGUGCUGUUGCUUAAAGAGCCGCGAGACGGAGAUUCUGGUCCUGAUCCUUAUAUGAAGGAGCUGACAUCAUAUGGACACAAACCUACGUUGAUUCCGGUUUUGUCUUUUAAAUUUGUGUCCUUAAAUGCACUGUCAGACAGGCUUUUUCAGCCAGAAAAACAUGGAGGGCUUAUCUUUACCAGUCCGAGAGCAGUGGAGGCCGUCAGAAUGUGUCUGGAAGGGAAUAACAGAAGGGAAGUGUGGAUCAACACUGUAAAGGACAAAUGGAAUGAAAAAUCCAUCUAUGUUGUGGGGAAAGCUACAGCAGCCUUGGUGCAAGAGCUGGGCCUGAUUCCACGGGGUGAGGAAACUGGAAAUGCAGAUGUACUUUCACGCUUUAUCCUCGAAAGGGAAGACACCAGUAUUUUGCCGCUGUUCUUUCCUUGCGGAUCGAUUAAAAGGGAAGUCCUGCCCACAGCCCUGAGAGAAAAUGGAGUGCCGCUGGAAACUUUGACAGUCUAUCAAACAGCUGAGCAUCCAGACCUGGAGAAGAACCUGACGGACUAUUUCUCCGAGCAGGGCGUUCCAGCCAGCAUUGCCUUCUUCAGUCCUUCUGGAGUAAAAUUUUGCUUGGAGGUUGUGCGGAGACUGGCAGGGGAGAAGCUGAAUGAGAUAAAGUUUGCAGCCAUAGGACCUACCACGGCAGAUGCCAUGGUGGCAGAGGGACUGUGCGUCAGCUGCUCAGCAGAGAAGCCCACGGCCCAGGACCUGGCUGCCAGGAUCGCGCAAGCUCUGCAGUGACCAUGCUUCCUGUCUCCCGGAUCCGCCCCUUUGAUACCCCAAAGCCACUCUGUCAUCCCUGCUGUGGGUCAUGUGUCAUGCUGCCAUCCAAUUAAGUUCCAUCUGUGUCUCCUUGUAACUGAUUACUACUUGAAAUGCCUAUCAGUGGAUUAUCCUGUUGAUUAUUUUUAUAUUUUUUUAUGUUUUGUUUUGAUUUCAUACUGCCCUUUGUGUGUCAAAAAUGUUUUAUUACUCUGUCCUAGAAACAUAUUCCAAAUGCUAGAUUUAUGGAUACUUCACACACUGAAUGUAAUGAAUGGUACAAUGAGACAUACAACAAAACUAUCUUUCUGCUUUCUUUCAUCAAAUUUUAUUUGAAAUGCAUGUCAUUGUAUAAUGGACACAAAUUUAUAUGUCAGUUGUAUUUUUGUGGAAAGGGACAUACCUUUUAGCCUUUAAGCCAUAUUUAUUUUUGUAACCUGUGUAAGUCAUAUGCAAUAAAUUGCACUGGUUUGUUUGAGUUCA